UGUACUGGCUCCCCGCAUCGCUAAACGGCGCACACCAAAGAUACAGGAGCAGUACAAAGAGAUCGGAGGGGGCUCCCCGAUCAAACGCUGGACAGAGACUCAAGGCAAGGGCAUGGUGGAAAUACUGGACCGCAUCUGUCCUGAAUCUGCUCCACACAAAUUUUAUGUGGGAUUCCGGUAUGUAAACCCCCUGACAGAAGAUGCCAUUGAUCAGAUGGAAAGUGAUGGCAUAGAGAGAGGGAUCGCUUUUACACAGUACCCACAAUACAGCUGUUCUACAACAGGAAGUAGUAUUAAUGCAUUCUACCGACACUAUGCCUCUAGAGGAGUUCCAAGUAGCAUCAGAUGGAGUGCAAUAGACAGAUGGCCAACACACCCUGGAUUAGUGCAGGCCUUUGCAGAGAGUAUACAAAAACAACUGGACAGAUUUCCUCAGGAAGAUAAAGACAAAGUGGUCAUCUUAUUCUCAGCCCACUCUCUGCCUCUGAAGGUGGUAAACAGAGGUGACCCUUACCCAGCCGAGGUAGCAGCUACCGUAAGUCGCGUGAUGGAGUUUCUUGGAUACUGUAAUCCGUACAGACUUGUUUGGCAAUCAAAAGUGGGCCCGUUGCCGUGGCUGAGUCCCCAGACUGAUGAGGCUAUAGAAGGGCUGGCCAAGCGUGGUCAGAAAAACAUACUGCUGGUCCCAAUAGCAUUCACCAGUGACCACAUAGAGACAUUGUAUGAAUUAGAUCUGGAGUAUGGUACAGAACUCAGUGCUAAGCAUGGUAUAACCAUCAAGAGAGCCGACGCCAUGAAUGACAGCCCCACUUUUAUACAGGCUUUAGCAGAUGUGGUGAAAAGUCAUCUCGCCUCUAACCAGUCGUGUAGUAAACAGAUGCCCCUUCGAUGUCCUAUGUGUACCAAUGCCACAUGUGGAAAGGCAAAGGAGUUCUUCGUCAAACAGCAAGAGCUUCUCGACAUGGGUGCUAGCAAUACUGAAGGAGAACGUGUGACUGCAUAAUUUGCUGAAAAAUGUUUUUUGGCUAUGAUGAUGUUUGGAGAUUAGAAGUUAUGUAUAUAUUUAUUUGUCUCUUCCCCAUUGGUGCAAAUAGUUAAUAUGAUUUUGCAGAAUUCUAAUUUUAUUUUCAGAAUUUAAAAAAAAAGAAGAAUUAUGUAUUGAUACAACUGUAAAUCUUGACAUAAGUACCUUUAUGUUCUCUUAAGAGAAAUCCUAAAAAGAGGACCUUAAAGAAAGGGUUUCUUGAAGAGUUCCAUAAACGAAUAAAUAAACAAAGUUAUCAGAUACUUUGAUUGUCAGGUUUUAUUUUAUUUUAAGAUUGAGUAUCACAAAUUGAUUCUGUCAAGUACCAACAUAAGUCUUAUUAAUCCAAUAUGCAAAUCAAUAUCAGUUUACAUAUUUCAAUUAUUGAUUGACAAACAUUUGCGACGAAGAGCUAUGCUGUUUUCUACUACAGCUCGUGUUGUAGGAAGUACCUGGUACCCUGUGUUAUUAUAAUUAUGUAGUGGUGUUGGAGAAGAGAUGGACAUUUAACUAAUAUACGGAUUAUGUAGUGUUAUAGCGAAACAUAUUUGGGAUAACUGAUAUGUUUUGAAUAAAUAUUAUGUAAAAUCUGAA